AUGGCACUUGACAAGCAACCCCCAAGGAGUAAGAUAAACUGUGUGCUCUUAGAUACCAUCGGUAAAUGUUACCAAGAAAAAGCGCACCAAAUUUCUCCUGAGGAUUUGGGAUUUGUGAUGACAGACGAGGUUUUUGUUCAUCCAUUCCCCGAAAGUAAGUCGACUGAAUCGACUGUGGUUGUUCCUCCUGGUUCCAAAUCCAUCUCGAACCGUGCCUUGAUUUUGGCCGCAUUGGGAACCGGCACUGUCCGCAUAAAGAAUCUUUUGCACUCUGACGAUACCAAGCAUAUGUUGGAUGCCGUUUCUGCGCUUCAAGGAGCCCAGAUAUCUACCGAGGAUGGUGGAGAAACCAUCGUGGUUACUGGAAAUGGCGGUAAGCUUCUCAGUACAAACAAUGAACUUUAUCUUGGAAAUGCCGGAACUGCUUCUCGUUUCUUGACCACAGUUGCUGCUCUCGUAGAAGUCAGUUCCAAUGGUCCCAAGCACGUUGUUCUUACUGGAAAUGCACGGAUGCAAGAAAGACCCAUUGGUCCUCUUGUGGAUGCGUUGACAGCCAAUGGUUCUUCAAUCCAAUACUUGAACCGUGAGGGCUCGUUACCUUUGAAGAUAGAAGCCGGUAAAAGAUUCAAUGGUGGAAGAAUAGAGUUAGCAGCCACCAUUUCUUCACAGUAUGUGUCGUCGAUUUUGAUGGGUGCUCCAUAUGCUCAAGAGCCCGUCACUUUGUCUUUGGUUGGAGGAAAGCCCAUUUCUCAGCUUUACAUAGACAUGACUAUUGCUAUGAUGAAGAACUUUGGAGUGGAAGUGGUGAAAUCCACUACUGAGGAACACACAUACCAUAUUCCAAAGGCAACCUACAAGAACCCUGAGGAGUAUGUCAUAGAGUCUGACGCUUCUUCUGCUACCUAUCCUUUGGCAUUUGCAGCUAUGACAGGCACUUCUUGUACGGUUCCCAAUAUUGGCUUUACCUCACUUCAAGGCGACGCCAAAUUUGCAGUUGAUGUCUUGAGACCUAUGGGAUGCACUGUUGAGCAAACUGAGACUUCCACCACCGUAGUUGGUCCUCCCCGUGGACAACUCAAGCCUCUUGCGACGGUGGAUAUGGAACCAAUGACCGAUGCGUUUUUGACGGCUUCUGUGGUGGCAGCUAUUGCCAAUAGUUCACAGUCUACUUCAAUUACUGGCAUUGCCAAUCAACGUGUUAAAGAGUGCAACCGUAUAGAAGCAAUGGUGACGCAGCUAGCAAAGUUUGGAGUUCUCGCAAACGAACUUCCCGAUGGAAUUGAGAUCCAUGGUAUCGAUUACAGAAAGUUGAAGAUUCCUCAAGGUAGAGGGGUGGGGACCUAUGAUGACCAUAGAGUGGCUAUGUCAUUUUCAUUGCUAGCAGGAAUGUGUUCUCAACCUGUUUUGAUUCAAGAAAGAUCCUGUACUGGAAAGACAUGGCCAGGCUGGUGGGAUGUGUUGCACACCAAGUUUAAUGCCAAAUUGACCGGACAUGAUGUGCCUUCAGUUCCCAAGACUAAAAGGAACGGAAGGAACAGUAUAGUGGUGAUUGGUAUGCGUGCUUCUGGAAAGACAACUCUCUCACAGUGGUUGGCUUCAUUCUUGGGAUUCGAAUUUUUGGAUCUUGAUCACCUUCUCGAGAAGAAAUUGGGCGUCGACAUUCGAGAUUUCGUCAAGGAAAAAGGAUGGGAUGAAUUUCGAAAGGAAGAAGCCUUGCUUGCCAAGGAAUGUUUCUCCCAGUAUCGUCAGGGCUAUGUUCUUGCAACUGGUGGUGGAAUUGUUGAAGGUGCAGAGGCCAGGGCUUCUCUAGUUCUGUACUAUGAAAGUGGAGGAAUUGUGUUGCAUUUGCACCGUGAUUUGGGAGACACCAUGACAUUUUUGUCUGCCGAUACCACUCGUCCAGCUUAUGCUGAAGAGAUAAAGGAUGUUUGGUUGAGGAGAGAAAAGUGGUACCAUGAGUGUUCAAACUUUCACUUUUACUCUUCUAGAUGCUCCAAUGCAUCUGAGUUUGGUCGCUUGAGAACAUCUUUUAUCAAUUAUGUCAAGAUGAUAACUGGAAUUGAAGAACCAGUCUUGCCUGCAAGAGCUUCUAGAUUCGUCAGUUUAACGUUCCCCAAUUUGGCACCAGUUAGCGACAAACUUGAGGCUGUUACCGCUGGGUGCGAUGCCGUGGAAUUGCGUGUGGACCUUUUGGAAGAUUAUUCAAGUACUUUUGUUGCUGAACAAACAGCCAUCAUUAGAAAGUACCUCAAUAUUCCUAUCAUUUUUACGGUGAGAACGGUUUCACAAGGUGGUAAGAUCCCUGAUGAGGACCUCGAGACAAUCGAGCGUCUCUCGCUUUUGGCAAUCAAACUUGGUGUUGUCUACUUGGAUCUUCAAUUGACAUAUCCUUCCAAGACAAUUGACAAGAUUUUGUCUGCCAACGUCUUCACCAAGAUCAUAGCCUCGUUCCACGAUCCCAAGAGAGAGUUUUCAUGGAAAGAACCCGAAUGGGACAACCGGUUCCAGCAAGCCAUCAACAUUGGUGCCGAUAUUGUCAAGCUUGUUGGAAGUGCCCAGCUGGUUCAAGACAACAUCGAUUUGGAAUCUUUCAGACAGCUCCAUACUUCGCGGCCAUUGAUAGCCAUAAAUAUGGGCGAGCAAGGAAAAUUGUCGAGAGUUUUGAAUCCGGUGCUCACUCCAGUUACCUCGGACACACUCACGGAAAAGGCGGCUCCAGGACAGUUGACGGUUAGUGAGAUUAAUGGCAUUGCAAACCAAAUCGGUCUUCUUAGUGCCAAGUCCUUUUGGGUUAUUGGUAAACCGAUCCAGCACUCGAGAUCUCCUCCUUUGCACAAUGCUGGGUACAAAUGCUUAGGCUUGCCUCACAAGUUUGACAGAUUUGAGUCUGACGAUGCUAAAAAAGUAUUUGAAAAGUUGAUGAAGAAAUCAGACUUUGGUGGUUUGGCUAUCACCAUGCCAUUGAAGCUCGAUAUUAUGAAAUACGUCGAUGAACUUUCAGAAGCUGCGAAAACCAUAGGUGCUGUGAACACCGUUUGUCUGGUGAAAAAAGAUAAUCACCAAAUCUUUGUGGGAGACAACACCGACUGGGUUGGAAUUAGCAACUCAUUCGCCAAGUUUGGCGCCUAUGGAUCCAGUACCCAGUGUGGUCUCGUAGUUGGUGGUGGAGGCACUUCACGAGCAGCGGUGUUUGCUUUGCACCAAAUGGGGUGUAAGAAAAUCUACAUGAUCAACCGAACUGCAAGCAAGGUUCAUGACAUCAAAAAAUCGCUUCCUGAAGAAUAUGGAAUCGAAGUCUUGGACAGUGAAGAAUUGGUGAACCUGGCCGAACCAGUGACUUUGGCUGUAUCGUGCAUUCCAGCCGAUAAGCCAAUUGAGGCUCAAUUAUUGAAAUACUUGGAAACUUUAUUAGCCAAGGGAAGUGAAAAUAGCCAUGGCGUUACUCCUACGUUACUUGAAGCUGCCUAUAAACCAAGAGUAACUCCAAUCAUGGAAUUGGCCCAAGACAAGUUCAAAUGGACGGUCGUUCCUGGUGUGGAAAUGUUGGUGCACCAAGGUGAAAGACAAUUCGAAUUACAUACCGGGUUCAAGGCUCCAUACCGGGUGAUCUACGAUGCCGUUGUUGCUGAAUAG